AUGUUUAAACCAACGCAACCAAUGCUGGCGCGUGGUCGCUUGCGCUUGACCACCAAGCAAGUCAAUGGCGGAUACUACAAGGGAAAUCGCACUGGCUCCAUGGGUUCCUUCGACAAGAGAGGCACAUACCGGCCUGAUGCUACCAAGCACCGUGUCUACAUUGCCGCGGAAAAGCUUGAUAUUCCCGGGAAGAAUGAUACCGCUGAGAACAGCAAGGAACCAUUCAAGCUCACCCCCUUCAUCACAAAACACAUGCGCCAGACACCCUCAAACUACGUCCAAGAUAUCGAGAGAAACGGCAGAACAUCCACUGUGAUCCGAGCAUUCCAGGGUACAGACUAUCUGCAGAUGUGGGCCGACAGUGCUGAGGCCGAAGAGGCCCGGCGAACACAACCCAAACCAGAGAAGAUUGAAACUGCGCCGAUCUCGAAGCUCGAGCAAAUUGAGCAACAGCAACUGGCAACAAAGCCAAGGCCCAAUUAA